AUUUUUCAUUUUAGCCUUAUUCCCAUAAUUAGUAAUAAUUAUGUAAUACCUAAUAUGCUAGAUUAGUCAAGAUGUGUGGAUAAGCGAGGGAUUCGUAUAAUGAGUCUUACUUCAUGCAGUAGCGACGAUUUGUCAGAAAAGGACAAGGCUACGAGCAGACGGGACGGCUCUUCUAAAUCUAGAAAAUUAUCUGAUCGUCUAAAGCGCCUAGGAUUACUUCUUUUGGCUCCAACUUCCGAUAUAGACGAGCUGUCAAGGUUCCUAUGGCUUGGGAUUCCAGACCACUGCCCUUUAUUUUAUAGGUCGGAUUCCUGGCGAAUUGUAUUGGGUUACUUGAGUUGUGUUAAAUCUGAAAGGAGUGAUUUAUUAUCCCUAAAACGAAAGGAUUAUUUAAAUAUGUGUUAUAAAUAUUAUCACAAAGAUAAUUUUUCUGACCACGAAAUGAAUAUACUGAAACAGAUAAGAGUUGAUUUGCCUCGAACUAAUCCCUCAUUUAAGAUUUUUAAGUAUAAAAGACUACAGGACUGUAUGGAGAGGAUCCUGUUUGUUUGGAGUUGUUUGAACCCAGACAGUGGGUAUGUGCAGGGAAUUAAUGAUCUUUUGACUUUAUUUGUCAUUGUAUUUCUACGGCCAUACGUUAACAAGUUUAAUCUCACCAUCGACGAUAUAUCACUAUUAAGUGAUAGCACUUUGACUGAAGUAGAGGCGGAUUCUUUCUUUUGCCUUUCAAGAAUAUUAUCUGAAUUAAUAGAGAAUUAUACUGAGAAUCAACCAGGAGUAUAUAGGUCCUUGAAAAGACUUUGUGAUUUAGUUAAAAGAAUCGACUAUGAAUUAUAUAAGCAUUUGGAGGAUUUAAAUGUAGACUUCAUGCAGUUUCCAUUCCGCUGGAUGAACUGUAUGCUGAUUCGUGAAAUUCCUACCGAUUGCUCUAUAAGGCUAUGGGACACUUACAUUUCAGAAAUUAGGAACGGGCUGGUAACUUUCCAUGAAUACGUCUCAGUGGCCUUUUUGUGUUAUUGGUCUGAACAGCUCAGGUCCAUGGACUACCAACAUUGUCUACUAUUCCUACAGCAGCUUCCCACUUCCAAUUGGGGAAUUAAAGAAAUAGAUACUCUCAUCUCCAAAGCGUUUGUAUUAAAAUCUGCAUUUCACAACUCACCCAACCAUCUGGUCUAAUUUAAUUUUAAAAUA